AUGGAAUUUAAAAUUGAACACACAUGGGACAGUUUACCAGUGAGUCAUGAGCCAGUAACUGUCAGGCUGAAGUCAGGCAGUGCAGGAUUGCUGAUGGAAGUAAGUGCUCCCUUCUUUAAUGAUCCUCCAGCACCACUCGGAGAGCCAGGAAAGCCUUUCAGUGGACUGUGGGACUAUGAGGUUGUAGAAGCAUUUUUCUUGAGUGAGACAACUAAGCGGUACUUAGAAGUUGAACUCUGUCCCCAUGGACAACAUUUAUUGCUGUUGCUUUCUGGCAGAAGAAGAGUAUGGAAACAAGAACUUGCUUUAACAUUUGAAGUGUCCAGAACAGAAACCAAAUGGGAAGGCAGAGCUCAUCUCCCUUGGAGUUAUUUUCCACCAUGCACUGACAAGUUUAAUGCAUUUGCAAUUCAUGGAUCAGAAGCAAAGAGAACAUAUGAAGCACUUUACCCUGUGCCUCAGCAUGAAAUACAGAAAGGACAGAAACCGGAUUUCCAUCGCUUGGAAUUUUUCAAACAACUUAACCUGAAGGUGUUAAUGGGAGAAGAUUGGAAACAGCCUGAAUCAGAUCUGUGGAUGUCAACUGAUUAGAUAAAUGUAUAAAAAAAUUAGAUAUUUGAUAUGAUUCCAGGUGGUUGAAGCUAUAGGAACCAACCUCUUCAGCUAAACUGUGAUAAGAGCUUUAGUAUGCCUUUAUAAAUGUCAUAAAAAAUGAGGGUUUGAAAGCCUUUUUAAGCACCAAAAAAAGUCAAUCUUUUUAAAAAGUCU